CAGUAGCGGACCGCACGUACUCUAGGAGACCUCACAAAGCAGCUUAGCAAGUGUCCCUACGACCACAAACGGGAGUAACUCAAAGGUUCCAACUGCGGCGCCCUUUUAGGGAGUUGGAGAGACGUCGGGCCCUGCCCUUCACUCUGACGGGCCACGCCUUUUCCGUCGGGAUCUGGAUGGCUGUGACGGUGACUCUGGAGCCGGCGGGCCGCUGCCGCUGGGACGAGCCCGUGCGCAUCGCUGUCCGCGGCCUGGCGCCGGGGCAGCCGGUCACGCUGCGCGCGUCCCUGCGCGACGAGAAGGGCGCGCUCUUCAGGGCCCACGCGCGCUACUGCGCCGACGCCGCCGGCCUGCUGGACCUGGAGCGCGCGCCCGCGCUGGGCGGCAGCUUCGCGGGGCUCGAGCCCAUGGGGCUCUUCUGGGCUCUGGAGCCUGAGGAGCCCUUAACGCGGCUGGUGAAGCGGGACGUGCAGACGCCCUUCGCCGUGGAGCUGGAGGUGUUCGACGGUCACGAGCCCGGGACCCAGCGGCUCCUGGGCCGGGCGGUGCACGAGCGCGACUUCCUGGCGCCCGGGGUGCGGCGCGAGCCGGUGCGCGCGGGCCGGGUGCGCGCCACGCUCUUCCUGCCGCCAGGCAGCAAACCCUUCCCUGGAAUCCUCGACCUGUUUGGAAGUAGUGGUGGCCUUUGUGAAUACAGGGCCAGCCUCCUGGCCGGACAUGGUUUUGCUGUGCUUGCCCUGGCUUAUUUCAGAUUCGAAGACCUCCCUGAACAUCUGAAUGAUGUGUGCCUGGAGUAUUUUGAAGAAGCCGUGGACUUCAUGCUACAGCAUCCAAAGGUGAAAGGCCCUGGUGUUGGGCUUCUUGGCUUCUCCAAAGGAGGUGACCUGUGUCUCUCAAUGGCCUCUUUCUUAAAGGGCAUCACAGCCACUGUAGUUAUUAAUGCCUGCGUGGCCAACACAAUAGCUCCUCUGCGUUACAAAGAUAUGAUUAUUCCUGGGCUCAGCUAUGACCUAAAAAAACAUACAAUCACUGAGUCAGGCUUUUUAAAUUUUGUGGAUAUUUGGGAAAACCCACUGGAGAAAACGAACCACCAAAGUCUUAUUCCAUUGGAAAAGGCCCAGGGGCCCUUCCUGUUUAUUGUUAGCAUGGAUGAUCAUAACUGGAAGAGUGAAGUCUAUGCUCGUAUAGCCUCUGAACGGUUACAAGCCCAUGGGAAAGACAGACCCCAGAUAAUCUACUAUCCAGGAAGUGGCCAUUGUAUUGACCCACCUUAUUUUCCUCUUAGUAGAGCCUCUGUGCAUGCAGUUUUGGGCCAACCAGUAUUCCAUGGAGGUGAGCCAAAGGCUCACUCAAAAGCACAAGCAGAUGCCUGGCAGCAAAUUCAAACUUUUUUCCAUAAACAUCUCAAUGGUAAAAAUUCUGUCAGGCCCAGCAAAUUGUAACACUGUAAUCAUAGACCGUAUAUUAAUAAAAAUCCUGGAUUUCCCUGGUA